CACAUUAUGCAACUCUUCAAUUCCACCCGGGGGGACACUCGACCCUGUCCUGAGUGGUGGAUGCUGCACAGAGAUAAGUGUUAUUACUUUUCCACCAACAAGACAACAUGGAAUAAGAGCGAGGAGGACUGCAUCUCACGGGGGGCUCAACUCAUCGUGGUGGAAGACCAAGAGGAUCUGGAUCUUCUCCGUCAGCAGUCUAGAGUCCAUUUAUCUUUUUGGAUUGGACUGAGAAGAAAAGAAGCCUGGGAGUGGAUUAAUGGACAGGCUUUUAAUCCCAGCUGGUUCAGUUCUGAUUCGACAGACAGAGGGGACUGUGCCUGUCAGACUGUGGUGGGCAUUCAUAGUGUCAUAUGUAGUAAGAAUCAGCACUGGAUCUGCCAGAAGGGAGCCGCUGACAUGUGACGAUACGGGGAAAGACUGCAGAACUGAAGACAAGACCCUGUAUGCUGCCAUCUUUGUAUAGACAUUGUGUUAUCCGAAAUGAUACAAUUGGAAAAAUAAAGCAUAUUGUGUGAAAAAACAAUAUAUAAAAGCUGCCAUUUGUAGCGGAUAUGCCUAUCAAAUUGUGCAUGUAAAUAAACAGAGAUGUGUACAGUAGGAAAUAUGCCACCAAUUCUACACAAAGAAGGAUAAAGUGCUGAAUGAGUCAGUCGAGGAAUGGAGAAUGCAUUACUUUUGUCACUUUUGUGAAUUUGAGAGAUCACAUUGCAGACAGUUGGUACUGAGUGACCACUUUGUUGUGCACACCAAACUGUGUAAA